GGGGAGGACCACCGAUGGCCAAGUGGCUGAAAGAUUACUUGAGUUUUGGGAGCAGGAGAUCUCCCCCGCAGCCCCCCAAGCCGGACUACACCGAAAGCGAGAUCUUAAAGGCCUAUCGGGCCCAGAAGAGCCUGGACUUCGAGGAUCCUUACGAAGACGUGGACGGGAAACCCGACCCAGAGCCGGGGGGGUCCCCAAACAAAGCGGCCGCCCCCGGCGGCAGUUCGGAAGGGAAGUAUGGCUCUCCGAAACACCGCCUCAUCAAAGUGGACUCCUCCGAUCUCAACCGGAGCAAAGCUCUCUUGGCCACGGAGGAAGCAGUGAUGUCACCGGAUCAGCCCCCUGGCGAGAGUGAGUACUCGGACCCCUUCGACGCUCACCGGGAGCCGAAAGAAGAUGGGGAGGAGGAUGUGGGGCUGGAGAGCAACGGCUACAUGGAGCCCUACGAUGCCCAAAAGGUGGUGGCUGACCUCCAGCGCAAAACUGACCGGGAGGAGCGUCAGGUGAAGAAAUCCCGGAAGGGUCUACAGCUGUAUGACACCCCCUAUGAGGAAAAGGAACUGGAGGCCGACCCGGAGGGGGCCUCUGCCAACAAACCCCGUGAGAGCCGUCUCCCCCAGGACGACGAACGGCCAGCGGAUGAGUACGACCAGCCGUGGGAGUGGAAGAAGAACCACAUUUCUCGGGCUUUUGCAGUAGACAUUAAGGAGACUAAAGUGUUACCCUGGCCACCGCCGGUGGGACAGCUCACGGGGACAGAGGAACCCCUAGAUCCGGAAGUGCAGUUUGAGACCCCCGAGUGGGAACGGACGUCCUCGGUUUCCUCCUCUUCGGCGCACCUGGAGCGCUGGCGCCAGCAGAAACACCUGACGGGGAGUUCCAAGUUCAGCCGCUCCCAGAGUCCGGAGGGCAGCCCCCCUGCGGCGGAGAGGGUGGACCCCUCGCUACCACUGGAGAAGCAAGCGUGGUUUCACGGCACCAUCAGCCGAGCGGAUGCCGAAGCCCUGUUGACCCUCUGCAAAGAAGGCAGCUACCUGGUACGGAACAGCGAGACCAGCCGGAACGACUUCUCCCUGUCGCUCAGGAGCAGCCAAGGGUUUAUGCACAUGAAAUUUACCCGGACCAAGGACAGCAAGUAUAUCCUGGGCCAAAACAGUGCUCCUUUUGACAGCGUCCCAGAGGUGAUCCAUCAUUACACCGCACAAGAGCUGCCCGUCAAGGGUGCCGAAAACCUCUCUCUGCUCUAUCCAGUUGCUGUUCAGACUCUGUAAAGCUA